AUGGCGGCCGAGGGGGGACCGAAGCCCCGGCCGCGGCGGCGCCUGGACCCGCGGCGGCUGCAGAAAGAGCUCAGUUCCGUGGCUUCAGAGCUGUCUGCACGGCAGGAAGAAAGUGAACAUUCUCAUAAACACUUAAUUGAACUCCGCCGGGAAUUGAAGAAAAAUGUACCUGAGGAAAUCAGAGAGAUGGUGGCUCCCGUGUUAAAAAGCUUCCAAGCCGAGGUGGUGGCUCUCAGUAAGAGAAGUCAGGAGGCAGAGGCGGCUUUCCUGAGUGUUUACAAGCAGUUAAUUGAAUCACCAGACCCUGUGCCAGCAUUUGAGGUAACACGUAGCCUAGACAGCAGACUGCAGCGCCCCAGCUUCGACCCCAGCGGGCAGCCCCGGCGAGAGAUCCACGCUUUGUGGAAGAGGUAUCCAGAGAUCCUCAGCCCCAAAGAGCAGAACGAGGGGACGUGUCCCACUGGGCCCACGCCAACCGAGGGCAGCCACCUCCCAGGUCCUGGGAACGCCCUGUUGACAGACACCUUGCUGCAAAGGAAUGAGGCUGAGAAACCGAAGGGCCUUCAAGAAGUACAAGUCACCUUGGCAGCCAGGCUGGGGGAGGCAGAGGAGAAAAUCAAGGUCUUACAUUCAGCGCUGAAGGCCACCCAGACAGAGCUGCUGGAGCUGCGGCGGAAAUAUGACGAGGAGGCCGCGUCCAAGGCGGACGAGGUCGGCCUGAUCAUGACCAACCUGGAGAAAGCGCACCAGCGAGCUGAGGCAGCCCAAAGGGAGGUGGAAAGUCUCCGGGAACAGCUGGCAUCCGUCAACAGCUCCGUGCGCCUGGCUUGCUGCUCCCCGCAGGGACCCAGUGGGGAGAAGGUGAGCUUCACACUGUGCUCCGGGCCCCGGCUGGAGGCAGCACUGGCCUCCAAGGACAGGGAGAUCCUCCGGCUGCUCAAGGAUGCACAGCAGCUGCGACACUCGCUGCAAGAGCUGGAGGAGGUCUCUGCCAACCAGAUCGCCGACCUGGAGCGGCAGCUGGCUGCCAAGUCCGAGGCCAUAGAGAAGCUAGAAGAGAAGCUGCAGGCCCAGGCUGACUAUGAAGAAAUUAAGACAGAACUGAGCAUCCUGAGAGCCAUGAAGCUGGCCUCCAGCACCUGCAACCUCCCACAGGGCCUGGCCAAGUCCGACGACCCCCUGCUCAUGGCAAAGGAGGCCUUCUUCCCCACGCAGAAGUUUCUUCUGGAAAAGCCGGCACUUCUGGCCAGCCCUGAGGAAGACCCCUCAGAGGACGACUCCAUCAAGGCCUCACUGGGCACAGAGCCCCCCUACCCAUCUCCUCAACAGCUCCCGCCUCCGCCAGGGCCCGAAGACCCACUGUCCCCGAGUCCUGGGCAGCCCUUGCUGGGCCCCAGCCUGGCACCCGAAGGCCCACGGACUUUCUCACUGUCCCCUUUCCCCAGCCUGGCAUCGGGGGAGAGGCUGGCUGGGGACACACUGCUACCCAAGCACAUGAUGGGCCCAGCUGUCUUCAAGGGGGAGGCAGGCGGCCUGCUGGCCUUUCCACCAGCCUUCUAUGGUGGCACCAAGCCCCCCACGGCCCCUGCCACCCCAGCACCUGGCUCAGAGCCUCCUGGGGCCCCUGAGGCUGCAGACGGGGCCGGGGCAGAGGAGGAGCAGCUGGACACGGCCGAGAUCGCCUUCCAGGUGAAGGAACAGCUGUUGAAGCACAACAUCGGCCAGCGCGUGUUCGGCCACUACGUGCUGGGGCUGUCGCAGGGCUCAGUGAGUGAGAUCCUGGCCCGGCCCAAGCCCUGGCGCAAGCUCACCGUGAAGGGCAAGGAACCUUUCAUCAAGAUGAGGCAGUUCCUGUCAGACGAGCAGAACGUGCUGGCCCUCAGGACCAUCCAGGUGCGGCAGCGAGGCAGCAUCACCCCAAGAAUUCGUACACCAGAGACAGGCUCCGAUGAUGCCAUCAAGAAUAUCCUGGAACAGGCCAAGAAGGAGAUCGAGUCUCAGAAGGGGGGUGAGCCCAAGAACUCAACAGCCCCGAUGAGCAUUCCCAAUGGCACAGCCUCCUCCAGCACCUCGGAAGACGCCAUCAAGAACAUCCUGGAACAAGCUCGCAGGGAAAUGCAAGCCCAGCAGCAAGCCCUGCUGGAGAUGGAGUCUGGACCCCGAGGCCGCUCGGUACCUCCCUCGCCCCCAGAGCACCCCUCUCUGGCCGCCGUGAGCCAGAACGGACCCCCGACCUACGUCAAGCAGGAGGGCGGUGGCGGCGGCGGCGGUGUUGGCGGAGGCCCCGGCAGCAGCGGCACACAGACGGCGCUCACGGUCCUGUCCCCCGCUGCAUUCGUUCAAAGCAUCAUCCGGAAGGUGAAGUCUGAGAUCGGUGAUGCCGGCUACUUUGACCACCACUGGGCCUCGGACCGCGGCCUGCUCAGCCGCCCCUACGCCUCUGUGUCGCCCUCCCUGUCCUCCUCCUCCUCCGGCUAUUCUGGACAGCCCAACGGCCGGGCCUGGCCCCGCACCGACGAGGCCUCCACUGCCCCUGACGAUGAGGCACCCACGGGAGAGGACGAUCCCUCCAGGGUGGGAGAGCUGAAGUCCGAGGCUGGGGUUCCCGAGGCGGGCAGUGGGCGCCUGGCCUACUACCCGGCCUACGUGCCCCGCACGCUGAAGCCCACCGUGCCGCCCCUGACGCCCGAGCAGUACGAGCUGUACAUGUACCGCGAGGUGGACACUCUGGAGCUGACGCGCCAGGUCAAGGAGAAACUGGCCAAAAAUGGCAUCUGCCAGCGCAUCUUCGGGGAGAAGGUGCUGGGCCUGUCACAGGGCAGCGUGAGCGACAUGCUGUCCCGGCCAAAGCCGUGGAGCAAGCUGACCCAGAAAGGCCGGGAACCCUUCAUUCGCAUGCAGCUCUGGCUGUCGGACCAGCUGGGCCAGGCCACAGCCCGGCAGCCUGGCACCUCUCAGGCCAGUCCCACCGAGCUGAGGUCCUCACCGUCACCACCCCUGAGCCCCACAGAGCCUGAGAAGACUUCACAGGAGCCCCUGGGCCUGUCGUUGGAGAGCAGCAAAGAGAACCAGCAGCCAGAAGGCCGUGCUGGCUCCUCACUGGGCGGGAAGAUGAUCUCGGUCAGCCAGGCCACAGGGGGGAUCCAGGAGAUCGUGGCCAUGUCCCCGGAGCUGGACACCUACUCCAUCACCAAGAAGGUCAAAGAGGUCCUCACAGACAACAACCUAGGGCAGCGGCUGUUUGGGGAGAGCAUCCUGGGCUUGACCCAGGGCUCUGUGUCUGACUUGCUGUCUCGGCCCAAGCCCUGGCACAAGCUGAGCCUAAAGGGCCGGGAGCCCUUUGUGCGCAUGCAGCUGUGGCUCAGUGACCCUCACAAUGUGGAGAAGCUGCGGGAUAUGAAGAAGCUGGAGAAGAAAGCCUACCUAAAGCGCCGCUAUGGGCUCAUCAGCACCGGUUCAGACAGUGAGUCGCCGGCCACACGCUCUGAGUGCCCCAGCCCAUGCCUGCAGCCGCAGGAGGUGAGCCUCCUGCAGGCCAAGAAGCCGCGCGUGGUGCUGGCGCCCGCGGAGAAGGAGGCACUGCGGAAGGCCUACCAGCUGGAGCCCUACCCCUCUCAGCAGACCAUCGAGCUGCUGUCCUUCCAGCUCAACCUCAAGACCAACACUGUCAUCAACUGGUUCCACAACUACAGGUCCAGGAUGCGGCGGGAGAUGUUGGUGGAAGGAACGCAGGAGGAGCCGGACCUCGACCCCAGUGGGACCCCUGGUGUCCUGCCACCAGGCCACACCCACACAGACUCCAUCCUGCAGAGCCCUGAUUCAGAGGCUGAGGAUCAGAAGCCUGCUGUGAAGAGCCUGGGACUGCGGGAGUCUGAGGAGGGUGCCAUACCCACAACUACCGUGGACAGGGUCCCAGUGAAGAUCAAGCAGGAGCAGAGUGAGGAGGAUGCUGAGGAAGGGGUGGGCAGCCAGCCCCAAGACUUAGGGGAACCUGACAAAGGGCAAGGUUCCCCCAAAGAGGAGCAUCCUGACCCUCUGGAGAGCAAUGGACUUUCAGAAACAGCCCCUGAGACCCACCUUCCAGAUGGGCCCAGCCCAGACUGUUCUUCACUACACCCCUCCCAGGAGAGGGAGGGAGAGGAUCGGAUUCACUCAGACCCUCUGAGGUCCAAGUCUGCCUCAGAGUCCUCACACUGCAGUCUGGAAGAGCCCCUGAACUCACCCUCUGCCACCUCCUCACCAGGCCUCACAACAUGUGUAUCACCCAUCCCUUCCUCCUCAGCCCCCAUCUCCCCAUCCUCACCCAGUGCCCUGCCUGCCAAAGUACCAAGUGCCAGCCCAACUGCUGACACAACCGGGACCUUGCACCCCAGUGCCAAGGUGAACCCUAACUUGCAGCGACGGCACGAGAAAAUGGCCAACUUGAACAGUAUUAUUUACAGAUUGGAGAGAGCUGCCAACCGAGAGGAGGCCCUGGAGUGGGAGUUCUGAGGCAAUGGGCAUGCUCUAGCCACAUCCCUCUCUCACUGAUCUUGUGGACAGGGUGGGUGGGGCCAGAGAGGGUAGAAUUCAGCCAUCCAGAUGUGGACAGCAAUGUUACGCCGUUUACGUUUAUUGUUGUAAUCCUAGUUCUCUGAAGUCAUGAGUAAGUGGGUGGAGCAGAUGCCACCACCUCUUCCUCUCAGUAUCCCAUGCCACAGAAGGUACCAGAAUCCUGCCCAUUAUCCCCACCCAGACUCCUCUACAGGAGACAGGAACAAAAUGGCGCUACAUUCUCACCUGAAAACUCCAAACUCUUUUAGAAAAAAAAAAAAAUAAAGAAAUAUUUAUAGACCUCUUUUAGCUAUUUUAAUAAAGGAUCCUUUGGAAUUUAUUCCCAGCGAUACUGUUUUGAUAUCACAGAGAGUUAUGAAAUCAGGAUGCUGUCACAACUGUUGCGGAGUAGACAUUGAUGUUGUGUCAUUUUUGCCACUAGAUGAGAUUAAAAGAAGACAAAUGAUCAAAGCCAUCAUAAAACACUCUAAAACUGACCAAAUUUAAAUAACCUUUGAACCGCCAUUUGGUUUUUCCCCCACGCCUGUCUGUGAGAUGCAGCACGUGGCUACAACCCUUCCAGAAACCAUGCUGAAAAGAAAGUCCAAAAGACUCUAAAUGAAACCUACACACCAUUGAGGAUGUGGUCCGUUCUGGUGGUCUGUCUGCAACCUCGAUGUCACAGAAUGCCCUUUUACUAAUGGGAAUAUUGUAGUGGUGUGACCGUGGCCCAGUACAGGAUGCAGCAUGGUGCACAAUGCAAAUGCUUACACCCCCUGAGUUCAAAACAGGUGGGGCUGCAUCCUGAUCCUGACCCUGUGAAGAUAGGAAGUAUUUCCAGAGAUUUUGGAGAGCUGUGUAUAGAGGAGGUGCUCAGAGAGGUACUUAGGCCAGAGUGACCAUGUUUCCAAACCUGAAGUGUGGCUGUACCAGGUUUCCUGUAGGUAUAAGCAGGACAUUCCAGAAAAGACUGGCCACCAUCUUCCCUCCUUGUUUCUAGAAAGUACAACUGUUGGUCCUUCUCAACACUGAAGCUUAGCACUCAGUGCCAAAAGAUAAUUUUAACCAGCUAGAGACCUCAACUCCCCUUAUCACCAUCUUCUCUCAAGUGGACCUCAAAGUGCCAUCAGGGGAAGGUGUCAGCAAGGCCAAGAUCAUCACAGCACAUCCACCUUACCCCAGUCUCCAGGUUCACCCUCCUGCUUUCCAACACAGGAGCUUUUGGGGAAUAAAGAAUUGGCUCCCUCCCACUUAAAGGCACCUUAUCUCCAGUGUCCUCAUCACAAUUUCCUGGAAGAGAGAUCCCCAUCCGGAGGGAGCAACCACUCUCAUGUUCUUUUCUAAACUGAAUUGGUGGUUUCCUGGAAUGAUGAUGAAAAUGUGACCAUCACUGGUGCAGAUCCAGUGUCAGAAGGAAAGAUGGCUGAUGAACCCAGUGAGCAUUUUGAAACCAAGGGGCAAAUACUGGCAACCAGAAAGGGACAAACGAGGAAUGAUCCAGAAGUCCCAACUAACAUGCACCAAGCCCAGCCUGCAGUCUCCACACCAGAUAGUCCACAUCGCACCCUGGAACAUCUUUUUCCACACACCCUGGCUAUGCAUUCAAGAGUUUUCCACUGAAUACAUUUUUAUCCAGAGGAAGGUAUUUUUAUAUUUUGACACUAGGAAACAAUGCUCAAUUUUCAGAGUAAUCCAAUCUGGAACAAAUGAAGCAUCAUCUAGCCACCACCACUCGGUCACAAUUAGACAUCCCUGGGGGAGAAACACCAGUUUUUAUUCUUGAAUCCACCAUGUCUUUGAAAUCCAGGCUGCAUACUGACUCCACUCAUCAGAGUUCACUUUGGCUUUAGUGUAACAGGAUCUGAAUAGACAUUUGGUCUAGUCUUUCAAACACAGAAAUCCUGUUGUACUGAAGUUUGAGGACCUGUGAGCAAUUUUGUGUGGUUCACAUCCUGUAAUGGUUUAACACAAAACAAAAAAAACCCACAAAACUGUUUCAUAUGAGAGAUUGAUGAACUUUGUUUAAAGUUUAAAAAAAAGGAACACAUUCUGUAAAUGAGUCACUAAAUACAGAAUUGUAUAACU